AUGUCGUCGAACAAGCAGGGAAAGAUGAUUGGCUACAUCAACUGGCGCAUGCGCAUCGUUCUCAAUGAUGGCCGCCAGAUGACGGGCCAGAUGCUUGCGUUUGACAAGCACAUGAACCUCGUUCUCGCCGACACCGAAGAGUUCCGCCGCGUGAAGCGCAGACAGGCCAAGUCUGGUGCUCCCGGCUCCGACGCGCAGGUCAUCGAGAACGAAGAGAAGCGAACCCUCGGCCUCACCAUCGUCCGCGGCGCCCAGAUCAUUUCCGUCUCCGUCGAGUCUCCUCCCCCCGCCGAUCCCAGCGCCCGUCUCGGACGUUCCACCGCGGGUGGCAUUCCCUCGACCCUCGGUGCUGGCCCCGGCGUCGCUCGGCCCGCCGGCCGUGGUGCUCCUCCCGCCAACUUGGCUGGCCCUGCUGCCGGCGUUGGUGGUGGUGCCCCUCCUCCAGGUUUCCCUGGCUUCCCAGGCGGCGCGCCUCCCGCUCCCUUCGGACGCGGUGGUGGCCCUCCUCCCGGCUUCCCGGGCCAGUUUCCUCCCCCUGGCUUCCCGGGCAACUUCCGCCCUCCCGCUGGCUUCCCCGGCGGCGCUCCUGGCGGUCCCCCCGGCGCGCCCCCGGGCUUCAACCCUCCUCCCCGCAAAUAA